AUGGAAUCUGCAGAAUUUGCCCCGUUCCAGGACAAAUUGACCUCCGCCCUAGUGCAGGUGACCCGAACCGUUGGACAGCUCUCAUCUGAAGACCUCAACUUCCAUCGCACGUCCAGCGCAGAGUUCUCUGAGUCGCUAGAUGAACAGAGUGAGCGCAUCAUUGCGCUGACAUCUGCCGUUAUCAAAGCUGCCACUGCUGGCACCGAUAUCACCGGUCCGGUCCUUAACGAUGAAGAUUCCGUUGAGGACAAUUGGCGCGGCGUGGUGGAUGUGAUUGACUCACUUUUGGAAAAGGCCGAUGCUUGUUUGGAUGAAUUCACAGGAGUUAUCAAGAAGUUGAGCCCUUCACAGGAGGAACAAGCUCCUAUCGUGAAGAAAACACCCAACUUCCCGACCAUUUACGACUACGGCCCGUCGAAGAUCCCCAAGCCGCAAUUGCUGUUCGAGCGCAAACCCGAUAACACUGAUAUGGGCCCCUUCAAGCCUCUUCUCAAGUCCAAGCCUCAUGCGAUUGUCCCGUUGGAGAAGUGCCUGAAGACAAAGAAGAUGGAGGGUGCAGUCGGCUAUCCUCAUCCUUACGAGGCGGAGAUUCUUGCCUCGGAGUACCCGAAGCCAGUUUACCAAGUCUCUCCUCCGGUCGAAUAUUUGCCUUUUGAGAGUACCACGGCUACUUUCGUUGAUACUUUGGAUGGAGUCAAGGAAAUGCUGGAGGAGCUCAAGCAGGCGAAGGAAAUCGCUAUCGAUUUGGAGCACCACGACGUACACUCCUACCAUGGUCUUGUCUCUCUGAUGCAAAUCAGCACCCGGGACAAGGAUUGGGUUGUGGAUACCUUGCAACCCUGGCGAGAGGAUUUGCAGAUGCUGAAUGAAGUGUUUGCGGAUCCAAAGAUCUUGAAGGUCCUGCACGGUUCCACAAUGGAUAUCAUUUGGCUGCAACGCGACUUGGGCCUGUAUGUGGUGGGGAUGUUCGAUACUUUCCACGCUGCAUCUGCAUUGGGUUUCCCAAAGCGCAGUUUGAAGUUCCUGCUGAGCAAGUUCGUCAACUUCGAAGCCGACAAGCGGUAUCAGACUGCCGAUUGGCGAGCACGCCCACUUCCACAAGCCAUGUUCGACUAUGCACGAUCCGAUACUCAUUAUCUCCUCUACAUCUACGACCGCCUACGAAAUGAUCUCAUCGACAACUCGACUGAGGAGGCUAGCCACAUUGAUUACGUCAACGAGCGGUCUAAGCAUGAAGCCCUGCAGCGUUAUGAGCGCCCUGUCUAUGAUGCUGUCAAUGGACAUGGUGCUGGCGGCUGGUAUGAUCUGCUCUGGCGCAAUUCAGGCAACCUCCCCAAGGAGCAAUUUGCUGUUUUCAAGGCGGUCCACCAAUGGCGUGACGAAGUAGCGCGCGCUGAGGACGAGGGUUGGCAGUGUGUCUUCCCCAAACACAUGCUCUUCAAGCUUGCUACAAUCAUGCCGUUGGAUAUGGGAACUUUGUUCCGCACUCUGUCACCCAUGACCCCUAUCACAAAGGAACGGUCACACGACCUCUUGGACAUCAUCAAGCAAGCCAAGCUUGCGGGCAUUGAUGGUCCAGAAUGGCGCGAUGUGGCACCCCCGAAACACAUCAUCAAGGCUGUCGAGGCUGCCAGCGCAGAAGCUGAACCUGUCAACUUCCCCAUUGCUGAACGUUACGAAACCUCUCAAUUCUGGGGCAAUGUCUUGGAAGCCACAGAAUCACCCCCUCCUCCAGAAUAUGCCCUUGCUGCCGGUGCGGAAGCUCUACGCCUUUCUCUUCCCCUGCCACCUAUGCCGAUGACUGUUUCUGAGACUCGGGAACAACUCGGCACCGCAAAGCAACCCGCUCCUGCUCCCAAGCCCACACCCGCCCCCGCUCCCCAGGAGCCCGAGGAGAAGAAGUACUUCACCGUCAAAGACCUCGGCGGUCCCCGCAAACGAAAGGUCACUCCCGUCAACAACCCUGAGCAAGCUCUCCCCAUUUCCGCCGACCUCGACGACAUAAGCAACGACGCCGACUCUACUCAAAAGAAGAGCAAGAAAUCACGCAAAGAAAAGAAAGCCAAGAAAGUGCAGCCCGAGGCUGAGGCUCCCUUCGAUUAUGGCACCGCCGAUGCCGUUCUCAACGCCCCGUCUACUGCCAAAGCCUCUCAUCCUCGCAAAAAGGCCUUCAACCCAUACACUAAGGCUAUGGAGGCCCCCUCAGGCGCGCGGAAGACCAAGCGGGAGACUCCCGGCAAGUCUCUCACAUUCCGCCAAUAG